AUGGCCAACAAGCCCGCCACCAACAACAACCCGUGGAACAACAUGACACGGACGACCUCGCAGCCAACGCUCUCCACAACGUGGAGUUGCACGCACUGCAGCUCCAUCAACACAAUCAACGGCCCGGCUGGCAUGGCAAGCGCCAACAAAGUCUGCGCCAAGUGUGACAAACCGCCGGCGUACCAACUCCAGCGGUCCACGUCACCUGCCUCCUCCAACUCGACCACAUCUACCUCUUCGUCUCCCAACGCUCAGCCAGGCCCUGGCCUUCUGCAGCACAACCUCCCACAGCGGCGGCAGCAGCAGCAACAGCAACAACAACCGCCGCCGCAACAGCAGCAACAGCAGCAACAACAACAACAGCAGCAGCAGCAGCAGCAGCAGCAACAACAAGCUCAACAGCUGUCGCAGAACCAGCAUCCGCACGGAAACCGUCAGGGCCAAGCUGGCAACCAUCGACAAGGCCGUGCAGGCUUCAACCAGACCCAGCCUCGCACCGGCAAUGGCAGACGUCAAACAGGCCUCGAUCGACACACAAGUCGCCAGGGCUCGCGUCACAGCCAUUUCAACAACGGCGAUGGUCGAACGCGGCAAGCAGGCAUGCGUGGCAAUGCUCGCAGGGGCUACACCAACUCCGGCACCUCUGGAAACCGAGGGUCCAGGGACCACCAGCGACCUGGCCGCCGCCGUCACGGCAACGGAAGCCCCACCAACGCCGAUGGGCACCUUGUCAUGCAGACCAUGUGCCACCGCUGCUUCGACGGUAGCCCCAGAGUCAUCCUCGAGCUCAAGGGCGACGCCAUCUGCGAGAUUCAUGGCGACUGCAAGCGCGACUACGUCCACUACCCGACGGGUCUCAAGCGACGCCAAUGGCGUGAUGUUCGCCCCCCACCGGCAAACUAUCCGUACAAUCAAUACACUUUCUGUGCGCAUCUUGCAGCAGACUGUCCUCGAGGACGUGCCUGCCCUUUUGCGCAUGGUGACCCAUCGGAGGCCGAGUUGCUCACCUGGUUCGCGACACAGCCCAUUCCUCAAGACAGCAAGCUUCCAGCCCCACCGAGCGCGAAGGAGAAGCAGAGGGAAUGGGAUUUCGUCCGCUUGCUUCGGCUCAACUUGCGCCACUGGCUACAGAACAGCGGCUGCCGUAUGAAGCUCGAGGCCCUGCUGGAGAAGAUGCCGCCAAUGACGGCCUGCAUCACGGAUAUCACAAAGGAGGCGUUCCUCAACGCGUACCCGGAAUUCAAGAUUGUCGGCGAAGGAAGCGAAGCUGUGGUGCAGCUUAUCAUCACCGAGAGCGACCGCAACCGCCAGAUCCAGCGCGUGUGCUCUCGCUGCUACCCUACGGGCCAUGCCGUCGAGAAGACCAGGGAGGUGAAGGCAGAGCAUGCUGGAUCCACGCAUCCCAUUUGUGUCUGCGACAGAUGUGGUUGUGUCUGGGAGAGCAUGUGUGUGGUCCGCAACAGUGACACCGGGCGUUUUGUCAUCGUUCAUGACAAGCCGGCCCUUGAAGGCCGCUUUGCCAAGCUGUGUCCGCUGAGAGGAAAGUGUUCGGAUCAGGCUUGCACCUGUGCGCACUCCGAAGACGAGCUCGCCAUCUGGAAAGACCUCAUUCUCUUUGAGAUCCUCUCAGAAGAAGGUGAGGUGGCCUUGUGCAGCACCUGCGAGGAGCUGAUGGCACCUGAAGCCCUGACAGAGCAUGAGAAGUCCGAGGCGCACGUGAAGAAGGUCGAGGCGUGGCAGUCGUAUACGACCGGUUACGAGUGUCGCACGCCGCCGACCGGCAUCCACAGCAACUACAACAUCCGAAUGUGCUUCCGCCUCGACAAGUGCUCUCGUCUGCCAGACGAGUGCACUCACGCUCACAGCCACGAUGAGGCCCUGGAGUGGGAGCAUCGCCGACAACUUGCCCGCUUGGACAAGAGGCAAAUGGCGACGCAGCACCCGACCUACUCAUGGAAGGACGGUCGUCGGCCUUCAGGCAGCAUCAUCGCGGCUGUCGCUGCCAUGUUCCUCUGCUGCAAGAUGGGGCAUCCAAACAAGGCAUUCCAGCUUCUCAGGGGCACUGCCAUCGACUUCUUCAGCGGUGUCAGGAACAAGUUUGACGACCCUCUCCUCGUCUACACCGUGAAGCACGUGAACAAAGAUGCGCCCCAGAAGUGGGAGACAAUCCUCAAGCUGCUCCUUGGAGAACGCCCUCCCAUGCGUGAUCGUGACACUGCCGUUCGCAAAGGCGGCAAAACCGGCAAAGCUGGCCGCUCCAAGGCCCACUCCGAAGAUGUUCUGCGCGAAGGCAGUGUUGCAACGCCGCCCAGGCAUCCUUGCCGCCCGGUUCUCGCGGGUGAGGACUUGAACACGCGCGACAAGCAAGGAAACACCGCUCUGCUGGUUGCCGCCAAGGAGGACCUCACAACCAUCGUCAUCAGCUUGCUGGCACGUGCUGACGUGGACGUGAACAUGGUCAACGACCAAGGCGAGACGCCUCUGUACUGGGCCCUGAAGCUCAACAACGCCCGCGCCACCGAGCGUCUACUUCAGGCGGGUGCCAAUGGCAGCAUUGAGACAAGCAUGGGCGACUCUCCUGCUCAGCUCGCGGCACAGCACCCCGAAAACCAAGCCUCGGUUGUGUUUUACAAGUGA